AAAUACUGUGUAGUUACGUCUUUUUUAAUUGUGAUUAUGUUUUUAAACUUUUCGUUACAUUGAGAUUGUGCACUUAUUUUGAAAACACUAGUCCGGAAGUGUUAUUAUUUCUCUGUGAGGAGGAAAGCAGGCGUUAAGAAGCGUUACCCAGCAGGUUAGUGAACACGGAGAAACGUUAAAAACCGCCAUGGCGUCGCCGCUGGAGAUGACAGAGAUGUACGACAACGCUCUGCUGGGUAUCCUGCAGCACGUUGGAAACAUCCAGGACUUUCUACAGGUCUAUUUUGGGUUUUUGUACCGCAAGACCGACUUUUAUCGCCUGCUGUCAAGUCCCAACGACAAGAUGGGCUUCCCACCCGGCGUGGCGGAGAAGAUGGUGUUAAAGACAUUUAAGCUGUUUGAGAAGCUGUCAGAUCACGACAGGGAGAGGCAGCUGAGCGAGCUGCAGAAGAGAGAGGAGAGUCGAUGUGUCCCCCCGGCAGUCCAAGAGCUGGAGAUCACCGCCGAGCCCCCGGACGGGACGGAGGAGCAGAGCACAGAGGCGCCACAGACCCAGAGCCCCUCGUCGGAUGUGCGGGUCGCGUCGGCUGCAGAGACCGCCAGCCCUCAGCCGGCCAGCAGCAGCACUUCAGGCCAGUCGGCUCAGGGAGACCAGGCGGCUGCAGCCAGCAGAAAGCCGACAGAGGAAUAUCAGGAUAAAUUUCAGUCCGACCCCGACAGCUACAACGGGGCGGUCAGAGACAACUACAACUGGUCUCAGGACUACACCGACGUGGAGGUCCGCGUGUUUGUGCCCAAGACGGUCGUCAAAGGCCGACAGGUCAGCGUCAGUCUGCAGCCCGGCAGCCUCAGAGUGUGUGUGAGGGAGGGAGCCGAAGAGAAAACACUGAUGGAGGGAGAAUUCACUCACAAGAUCAACACUGAAAACUCUCUGUGGAGUCUGGAACCCGGAAGCUGCGUGCUCCUGUCACUCAGUAAGACCUCAGAGGUUUGGUGGAACGCCGUGCUGAAAGGAGAGAAGGAGAUCGACAUAAACCAGAUCAACCGCGAGCGCUCCAUGGCCACGGUGGAUGACGAGGAGCACGCCGUCCUGGACAGACUCACCUUCGACUACCACCAGAAGCUGCAGGGCAGACCACAGAGUCAUGAAAUGAAAGUGCACGACAUGCUGAAGAAAGGCUGGGACGCCGAAGGCUCGCCGUUCAAAGGGCAGCAGUUCGACCCCUCCAUGUUUGACAUCCCGCCCAGCGCGGUGCAGUUCUGAGGCCACGCUCGAACUCCCAGUCCCAGUUUACUGACGCAGCCCGCUGCAGUAAAGUCCGCCGUUUCCUGCCGCCUGUCAGUAACUUACAGAGCAGAAGUGAAGCUGCAGAUUUGCUUUUGUGCGAGCGGGCGGGAGGGACGUUCAGAUUGUGACGAGUCGUAUUAUCAGACUUUAAUUUGAGGUUUUGGCAGCAUGAAAUCUGAUUUGUACUUUAACUGUUUUGCUCUUUAUUUAAUAACUCUAUAGUGCCUAUAAGUUUGUCUCCCCUACUGAGUGAUUCUUUUUCAUUGUUAUUCUCACUUCUCCAAACCGCUGAGCAUUUAGUCGUCUCUCAGUAGACGAGUUUCCAUCCAAAUGCAAAUUUUAGCUGAAAUUCCAAUUGUGAUGCGUUUCCAUCCGGCAGUGCGGUGUGGUCAUUAGGAAAUGAUUCAUCAGCGGAUAAUUAAAUGUGGCAGCCAGACAACUUUUUGGAUUUCAGCAGGAAAGUUAGACUUGGACUUUGGUACGUCCAUGGAGGACAUGAUGGAAACGUGAGGUUUGUGUUUAACGUGUUCAUGUGAGGAAGCUUACAGAUGGGAAGUCAUCAGCUCCUCACUGGGAGGCACACACUUCAUGUAAGUCUGUUUCGUUUUUAUUGAUGCACCAACUUUUCCAUCAAACAUAAAAACUUUUUUGCCAAAUUUG